CCUCAAAAUGGGCACGAAGCGCGUCGUCGUCGUCUGCGGCUGGAUGGGCGCCAAGGCGCGCCCGGUUACCAAGUACGCCGACCUCUACCGCAAGCUGGGCUACGACGCUGUCGUGCUCCUGAGCAGCCAGGGUGAUUUCCUCACCGACGGCGCCAAUGUGCACCCGACGGCGACCGACGACCUGCUGCCGCCCGCCGAGUCGCUCGAGCUCAUUCCGCACAUGCUCUCAAACGGCGGGUGUCGGUCGUGGUACUGCUUUGAGGACCAUCUGCGCGCGUCCCAGCGCGCAUUUCGUGUGCCGGCGAUGGUGUUCGACUCGGCGCCGAGCCGGGCAACGACAGAGGCGCUCCUCGAGACGUGGAAAGGUGCGGGCAACUUGCCGUCGCUCGGGCUCUCGCUGGGCAUGCGCGCCUUCCUCGUGCAAUUGACCUUGUAUCCGUACGUGACGCGCACGGCCAACGUCUUUGGCUUGCACUGGCGGCGCUACUUUGUCGAGCAGGCGCACAUUCCCAAGCUUUUUCUGUACUCGAGCGCGGACGAAAUUGUGAGCGCCGAGUGCGUCCAAGCAGCCAUCGAGGACGCGACCGCCCACGGGAGUGACGUGGCGAGUGUCAACUUUGGUCGGUCGCCGCACGUCUCGCACCUUGCGACCGAACCGGUGGGCUACACCAAACACCUGCAGGCUUUUCUGGACAAGCACGUGCGAUAAUCGAAACAAUACAAAUGACGUGAGAC